ACACAAAAAAAGCGGUGGAAAACCAAAAUAUUCGUUUCCCGCGAAUUCCAAAAGCUUAAGGUGCCACGCUGGCGAUCCCCGUGACCUUCCUCUCGACCAAUCAGCGCACACCAUCGCGUCCUAUAUAUAAGAACCCCCACUACCUUCCUCAAUUCAUCUCACAGCAAAAUCCAAAGCCUUUUCUCUCUCUCACAAAUUAGACUAGGUCAUUUUUAGGGUUAGGGUUUUCUUUGAUUUUCGCCGCCGGUUUCUGAAAAUGAGCGGAAAGGAAAGUGGGUCGACUAAGGGAGGUAGGGGAAAGCCAAAGGCUACCAAGUCGGUGUCCAGGUCUAGCAAAGCCGGGCUUCAAUUUCCGGUGGGUAGGAUCGCCCGGUUUCUCAAGUCCGGCAAGUACGCCGAGCGUGUCGGCGCCGGUGCUCCGGUGUAUCUUUCGGCUGUUCUUGAGUAUCUGGCUGCUGAGGUAUUGGAGCUGGCUGGUAAUGCAGCUAGGGACAACAAGAAGAAUCGAAUUGUGCCAAGGCACAUUCAGCUUGCGGUGAGGAAUGAUGAGGAACUAAGCAAGCUUUUGGGGUCUGUGACUAUUGCCAAUGGAGGAGUGUUGCCCAACAUUCACCAAACCCUUUUGCCUAAGAAGGUUGGGAAAGGCAAGGGUGAUAUUGGGUCUGCUUCGCAGGAGUUCUAGGGUUCUUGCUCUGUCUGGUUAUCUCCUUCUGUGGAGAUUUUUAGUUACCCCAGUUGUAAUAUACCAUGGGUUUUGUUAGUGUUUCUCUGAACCUUGUUGGUCUGGUACUUUGGAUCUUAUGCUAUAAAUGAAUGGUUCUGUCAGUAGUUUGAUGAAUUGAAUCUGUGUCAUUUUGGUGUUUA